GAGUCCUCGCGCUUCCGGUCGCGGCGUGAUGACGUCACUCGGGUCGCUGCAUUGUUUUGACUCGGAAAUUUUUCUCUGUUUCAUUUUCCACAAAACGCGUUAAAACGCAAAUAAACACGCGAUUUUACAUCAGACUUCAGCUUCGGAUUACCAGUCAGGUCAGAGGUCAUGGAGGAGCAGAGUGGGUCACCCGGGGUCAACACGGACAACAGCAGCCAACGCAACGGAGAUGAGAAAUCUCGCAGGAGCAGCUGGACCAAAGGCAGGAGAAGGAAGAAGCCGCUGAAAGACAGUAACGCCCCCAAAGCCCCGUUAACAGGAUAUGUUCGGUUCAUGAACGAGCGCCGGGAGCAACUGAGGGCAGAAAGGCCGGACAUGCCGUUCCCAGAGAUCACCAGGAUGCUCGGGAACGAGUGGAGCAAACUGCCAGCAGAGGAAAAACAGCGGUACCUGGAUGAAGCAGAUAGAGAUAAGGAGCGUUACAUGAAAGAGCUGGAACAAUAUCAGAAGACUGAGGCCUACAAACACUUCAGCAGAAAAGUGCAAGAGAAACAAAAAGGAAAGAGACACAGAGGAGACACUGGAAGACAGGCAACUGGUGAAUCCCUUCAUGAGAAGGAUCUAGAGAUAAAGGAUCGCUCUGUGUUUGAUAUUCCCAUUUUCACCGAAGAGUUUCUGAACCACAGUAAAGCACGUGAGGCUGAACUGCGGCAGCUCAGAAAGACAAACAUGGAAUAUGAGGAGCGUAACGCGGCGCUGCAGAAGCACGUGGAGAGCAUGCGCUCGGCCGUGGACCGUCUGGAAGGAGACGUGCUGCAGGAACGCACGCGCAACAGUCUGCUGCAACAGCACCUGGAGAUGCUGCGCUCAGCUCUUACACACAGCUUCUCUACUGUCCCUCUGCCCGGCAGUGGAGAGACACCCACACUGGACUCCAUCGACUCCUACAUGAAGAGGCUUCACAGCAUCAUUCUGUCCAACCCACAGGAGCACCAGCACCUGAUCAACACCGUCAGGGAUGUAGUCAACCGCCUUGACAGGUAAUCGGGAAGCCCCGCCCAUCACGCAGUAGCCCAGUAGUGACCAAGUUUUGUGUCGAGCGGUUGUUUCCUAUUAUUUAUUUUUUUACGAUGAUGUUUUUAUCUGCUUAUUUGUAUUUUUAUUUUUUUUAUUAAGCAUUUGACAUUUGCCAUGCAUUUCUGCCAUGUUAAAUAAAUAGUUAGCCCUAGAUUGAAAAUCAGCCCAUAUUUUAUUCACCCCCAACAAGCCAUCCUAGGUGUAUAUGACUUGUUUUUUUCAGACGAACACAAUCGGAGUUAUAUUAAAUAAUACACUUGCUCUUCCUAGCUUUUAAUGGCAUUGAAUAGUGGCCUUUUUUAUAAAGCCCAUUCAUCAUCACAAAGACGAAUCCUUACGACUCCGGUGGGUCAAUAUAUGUCUUAAAGCAAAACGAUUUGUAAGAAAGCAUUUUUAAGCAUAUUUAUCGAUCGAUGCUUAAGACGAUUGGUUCUCAACAUUUUUUGAUUUAGAUACGUUUACACAUAAACGUGACGUAUCGAUUGCUAAAUACACUCAAAAUAUGAACCAUUUCAUAUAUUAACCCACUGGAGUCGUAUGGAUUCCUUUUUCUGGGCUUCAAAAAAUGCAGACUAUUCCCACUACAAAGCCGGGAAGAACCAGGAUACUCCGAUAGUGUUCGUCUGAAAGAAAAGUUUUAGUAAAAUAUGGGCUAAUUUUCAAACUGAGGCGAACUAUUUUAAGGUUGGUGAAACAGAUUAACCACACCUGUUAAUUUGUAGGGUCUUCUGCAUGCAACCAUGUCUGUGUAUUAUUUUAAGGUGAAUUUUAUACUUGUAAUUUCUUUCAUGUUGUGUAAACGAGAUAUUGUACUGGUGUAUGCUUCAUCUGUAGCUGGUGUCUUUUGCAGUCGUUGUCAUUUUGAAGCUAAUUUCCAAUACUUGACAUUUGAAGAAUUCAAUAAAGCUCAUUUGCAGCAGAUGUA